GUGAGUUUGAGUACUCACUAACGCCUGUACAUGCUGCUGAUGAGCUUAACAAUUUCCACUGGCCAGACCCCUGGACGGUCCUUCAGUGGACUCCCCCGUUGUCGGCAAACAAACCGAGUCGCACCUUGUUGACCACUCUUGGAGCCAGGUUCCGCCCGCUUCGUUGUCGUGACAAUUCACGGAAAGUCAACACUUGGACAACACACAUACGGGACUCUCGACACCAUUCUGACUUCCACGAUACCUAGAGUCAACAUGUCAUUCCUCUUUGGGAGAGCAAGGACAAGAACCAACGUCAGCGAUCUGCCCCGACAAGCCCGCGAACAUGUCGUCAAACUCGAUCAGGGUCCCCAGGGCGCCGCAAAGGUGGAGGAGCUGGCCAAAGUGCUAUCACAAAUGAAACAGUUACUACAAGGGACACAUGAACAAGAAGCCUCCCCCGAACAACACUACCAAUUGGUCACGGGCAUGAUCGAAGAAGACCUUCUCUACCUCCUCGCCAUCAACCUCUACCGCCUCCCCUUCGAUUCCCGCAAAGACACCCAAGUCAUCUUCUCGUACGUCUUCCGCUUCCGCCCGCCCAACGCGCCCGCCCGCGCCGAACCGCUUGCCCUCGCCUACGUGGUGGAAAGACGUCCGCAGGUCCUGAUCGAGCUAUGCAAGGGGUAUGACCACAAGGAAAGCGCACAACACGCGGGGACGGUUCUGAAAGAGCUCAUCAAGAGCAGCGAGGCGGCCACGGCCGUGAUUUUGCACGACGACGGCGACGAACCGGGGUCGAGUGCGAGGGGGGUCGGUGCGAUUGACAGGAACAGGAAGCAGAGCGGGAAUGGGAUAUUUUGGUCCUUCUUUGAGUGGAUUGAUAGGGGCUCGUUUGAAGUUGCGGCUGAUGCGUUUACCACUUUCCGGGAACUCCUAACAAAACACAAAGACCUAAUCCCGCACUACCUCCAAACAAACUUCGACCUCUUCUUCUCCAAAUACAACUCCAUCCUAAUCCAAUCCACCUCGUACGUCACCAAACGGCAGUCCAUCAAACUCCUCGGCGAGAUCCUUCUCGACCGAUCAAACUACAACGUCAUGACCGCCUACGUCGACCGGGGCGAGCACCUCAAGAUCUGCAUGAAUCUUCUUAGGGACGACCGGAAGAUGGUCCAGUACGAGGGGUUCCAUGUGUUCAAGGUGUUUGUGGCCAACCCGCACAAGUCGGUGCCGGUGCAAAAGAUACUGUUGAUGAAUAGGGAGAAACUGUUGCACUUUUUGAGCCACUUUUUGGAGGAUAGGACAGAUGAUGAGCAGUUUAUUGACGAGAGGGAGUUUUUGAUUAAGCAGAUUAGGAAUAUGCCGCCUACGCCGGUGGUGCCGCAGCGGUAGCUGGUGUACUAAUGUUGCGACUUACGAGUAGAGGGUUAGAGUUAAGGAGGUGUAGAUGGUUUGGGAAUGGCACAGCGGGCGUUUUUCCUCUUUUUUCUUCUUCUCGGUUGUAUGGGCGAUGGGAUGGAAUCGGAACUGGCAUGGACGGGCUGGAUGGCAUGACGGAACAUGAGUAAAGUAAAGUAGGUAAUCACUAGUAGAUAACGACUUGAUGAAGAUCAAAGCAUCAUAAUCCUAGCCUCAUUCCGCCCGUUGUUGUUCCUUGCUCCGGACACUGCAAUCAGCUGGACGAGUUUCGCUGCCGAAACAAACCUUUACACCAGCAAGACGGCAAGGAACACAACCGACAAGGACACUGUGAAAUAAGAUGUCAUAUUGACAGGGC